AUGACAAAACUCAGCAUCAAGAUCGCUAUGGCCUUGGCUAUUGUAAGUGUGGUAUGUGCAUUUGUGCCCGCCUUUGCUAUUGAAGAAGUGGAAGCGAAGAAAUUCUGGGAUGAAUGUCUCACCAAAAUGUCUCCAAAAUGUACAUUGGAUAUAGUCGAAGAGAUUUUCUGGAAUGGGACCGUCUCCGAUGCUUGUUGUCGUGAGCUUUGUCUAGAGGGGAAGGUAUGCCAUGACACUCUAAUCAAAUACAUGGCAGAUAGACCAAGUUUCAUUGCCCGUGAACCCGAGUAUUUGGCAAAGAAAGACGCUUUAUGGACUCGUUGUAUGUCAAUCAAAAUAACCGUUUGA